UGGUGGGACCUUACCGAAACGUCCCGUGCUGGGAGGUCCCGUUAUAAAAAAUUCUGACGGCUUUGUCAGGAUAAUUUGGGCCUUUUCUUCGUUCUUGGAAGGGUGUGCAAUAUUUAGAGAAGAAAACUGUAAGAUAUAUGAAGCCCAGACGACAGAAAUACGCCCGAAAACUGCACAGAUUAUAAGCGACUGUCUGGUCUGGCCUGUUUGUUUUUGUCGGAGAGGCCCAAGGCCAAGAGAGUUGAAACGUCUUGACUCUCGGCAAGAAGACCUUGAGCAGCCAUGUCGCAGCCGCAGGGCAGGGCCCGUGGCCGGGCUCGAGGCAGGGGCAGGGGAGCCACGGACGAACCCUCGCCGCGCCGACCAGGCACUCAGGCAGCUUACCAAGGACAGCCCGGGAUGCAGACCUCUCAACCAAUGGCAGCUCAGCGUGGCCCACCAAUGGCAGCUCAGGGUGGCCCACCAAUGGGAGUGCAGUAUGCCGUAGGCCAACCAAUGGGAGCACAGUAUGCAGUAGCCCCACCAAUGGGAGCACAGGGUCAUGUGAGGCCACCUAUGGCAGCUCAGGGUGGACCACCAAUGGGAGCACAGUAUGCCGUAGGUCCACCAAUGGGAGCACAGCACACUGUAGGCCCACCAAUGGGAGCAGAGGGUGGAGUUGGACAACCAAUGGCAGCUCCCGUUGCAACUGGCAGAGCCCGACAAAGGGGAGGGGCAACAGCAAGAGCACCUGGAGCCCCGCCCACUUCCCAGCUGGAGGCCCUGACCCUGGGGGAGCGCGCCCCAGGGGGUGGGGACAGGAGUACCAGGAGGAGGAGGGGUGGGGUGGUGGUGGAGGAACCCCACACCAGACCCGAGCACAUGGCCAACAAGAGAGGUACUACAGGGAACCCUGUCAGCAUGAUCACCAACUUCUUCCGGGUGAAGCCGCAGCCUGACUGGGUCCUGUUCCAGUAUCACGUGGAGUUCUCGCCAGAAGUGGAUCACCGCAAAGCUCGCAUCGCCAUGGUCUGCAGCCAGGAGGACCUCUUGGGACGUACCAAGAUCUUUGACGGGAUGAUCCUUUUUCUGCCCAGGAGACUGGAAAAGGAUCAAACGGUGAUAACCACGCAGCGAAAGACGGACGGCUCGCCCGUCAAGAUCACGAUCACGCUGACCAACGAGGUCCCGCCGACGUCGCCGGUCUGUCUCCAGAUCUACAACAUCCUCUUCCGCAAGUUCCUGAAGACCAUUGGGAUGCAGGAGGUCAACAGGAACUACUACAACCCCGGUCAGAAGGUGGACAUCCCACAGCACAGACUGGAGGUGUGGCCUGGGUUCGUGACCUCCAUCCUGCAGUACGAGUCUAAAACCCUCCUGUUGGCCGACGUCUCUCAUAAGAUCAUGCGUACGGACACGGUGCUGGACCUCAUGUACGAUCUGUACGGCCAGGAUCAGCGCAAGUUCUACGAGAAGGCCACAAAGAUGCUGGUGGGAGAGAUCGUCCUGACAAGGUAUAACAACCAGACGUACAGGAUUGAUGACAUCAGUUGGGAGGAGCACCCGACUGACAAGUUUCGCCUGUCUGACGGGACAGACAUCAGUUUUGUCGAGUACUACGAGAAACAGUACAACCGCAAGAUCCAGGACAACGACCAACCUCUGCUUCUCAGCAGGGCCAAGAAAAAGGCAUGUCAUUACGGAGAAGUCCUGAUCUUGAAGCUGAUUCCUGAGCUCUGUACUCUAACAGGUUUGACAGAUGAAGCUCGUGCGAACUUCCAGGUGAUGAAGGAUGUGGCUGUGCACACCCGCAUCACGCCUGGCGCCAGGAGCAAGACUCUACAGGGCUUCAUCAACCAACUCAACAGAAACCCUGAUGUGCAGAAGGAGAUGAAGGGUUGGCAGAUCGAGUUUGAUCAGAACUUACUCCAGCUGGACGGCCGCACGCUGCCAAAGGAGAAGCUCUUCUGUCGAGAUGGACAUGACCUUGAUUUUAAGCGUGAGAAUGCUGACUGGUCGCGAGAGAUGCGGAGUCGAGCCCUCCUGAGCACCCGGCCGCUGAAGGAGUGGCUCCUCAUUUUCCCCAGGAGACUCGGCCAGAGCGCAAACGACUUCCUCGGCGCCCUGAAACAAGUGGGACCUGCCAUGGACAUUCAGGUCACCAACCCUGUCAUGGUUGACAUCGAGGACGACCAGGCCAGAAGCUACCUGCGCGUGAUGAAAGAGCUGCUCAAGCCGGGAGUCACCCAGAUGGUUGUUUGCAUCCUAAAGGGCACGGGAAGGAAGGACACGUAUGACGCCAUUAAGAAGUUCUGCUGUGUGGAACACCCUGUGCCGAGCCAGGUCAUCUUAUCUAAGACACUCAACAAAAAGCAGAUGCUGAUGUCUGUGGCCACUAAGAUUGGCAUGCAACUGAACUGCAAAAUGGGAGGGGAACUCUGGGCCGUGGAGAUCCCGUUGACGAGUCUGAUGGUGGUUGGCAUAGACGUGUACCACGACUCCCUGACUAAGGGGAUGUCUGUGGGAGGGUUUGUGGCCUCCAUGAACCGUCACCUGACCCGAUGGUACUCCAAGUGCACCUUCCAACAAACAGGGCAAGAGCUCAUUGAUCAGCUCAAGCACUGUCUAGUGGCUUCGCUCAGGAACUACCAGGCGAUCAACAAAGAGUUCCCUCAGCGUAUCAUCUUCUACCGAGACGGUGUUGGGGAUGGGCAGCUUGAGGCCGUGUUGGAACACGAGCUGCCACAGAUCAUGGACACCUUCAGGUCACAGACUGCUGGAUACGAGCCCAAGAUCACGUUCGUCAUCGUGAAGAAACGGAUCAACACGCGGUUCUUCGCUCGCUCUGGUCCCGGGCUGCAAAAUCCUCCACCAGGAACUAUCGUGGAUGACGAGGUCACCAGGCCUGAAUGGUAUGACUUCUUCCUUGUGUCGCAGUCGGUGCGCCAGGGAACGGUCACUCCCUGCCACUACAACGUGGUGUGGGACACCUCCGGCCUCAAGCCUGACCACAUGCAGAGGCUCACCUACAAGCUCUGCCACCUCUACUACAACUGGCCCGGCACCAUCCGAGUUCCUGCCCCGUGCCAGUAUGCCCACAAGCUGGCCUUCCUUGUCGGGCAGAGCAUCCACACCAAGCCUGCCGAGGACCUGGCACAAACACUGUUCUUCCUGUAGGUCACGGGUCAUGACUGAAGGGUAGAGAUCAGAGGUCACAGGUCAUGACCAAAGGGUAGAGAUUAGAGGUCACAGGUUAUGACCAAACUUAGAGGUCACAGGUCAUGACCAAAGGGUAGAGAUCAGAGGUCACAAGCUGACUUUCUAACAUGCUAAGAUGUUUGAAAACCUGGCAAAACUAUCCUUCAAACACUUUCUAGUUUUGAUGGACAAAUAGAGAAAAGUAAUACAUGCCAGUUCUGCUAAACUUGAAGUGCCAAAGUAAACUGUAAGGUACUACCAGUAGUUCUGACAAUGUUCCAAUGGUAGAAUGCCAUUUUAGCAAAAAUGAAAGUUUUUAACUUUCUCCUAAGCACAUGUAUUAUGGUAUGCCUCUUAGGAGACAUUUUUAACAUUGUAUUUCCAGCAAGAUAUAAAGGAACUUUAUACAGCAGGAAACAAAAGAUACUACUGAUUAAGUGACCUUUCAAUCACUAUAAAACUUAUACAUUAGUUAUAGCAUCAGAUUCUGUUGCAAUCUCAGGGUUUUGUAUGCAUUCCCACAGUGGAUUUUUCCAGUGGAUCUAAACUUUUGAUAUUUGAGUCUAAAUUUCUGGCUAGUUGUGUUUACCUUUGCAGAAAGAAACAUAUAGUUUCUGCUCUGUUUCUUCUUCCUCUUUUCUUUCAUUCCAAACAAAUUAGGUCAAUGUCCUGAGCUAGAUGUCUGUCACCAUGGUAACUGGUGCUGUAGCAGACAUCCUGUGGUGUUGGGUUACAUCAUGUAGCAAUGGCCAGACACUAUAUGUGUUUAUGUGUUUGAGGAAGGAUAAACAGAGCAGUAGUAGUUAAGGCUAGACUCUGUGAAUGUAAACAUGUGGAUUUGUUUUGCAAAUGUUACCUUUCAAAGUUUCUAGUUUUUUUUUGCCAUACAUAAUGCUUUUAACACUUUUAACAAAAGUUAUACAAAAUAUUAACUCACAUUGUGCUAAUAUGAUGCUUUUCAUGAACUACAUGUACUACUAUAUUUUUAUGGUUGUUGGAUCAAAUAAGAAAGCACAAAAUAUAGGCAUCUAAAUAUGUUGUUUCACUUUUGCUAAUAUAAUACUAAUAAGUUUUUUACCUUACAUUUAUAAAGUUAUAAAGUUUCCCAAAACUUCCUUUGGGGCGUAACGGCCGUAACCCCUAUAU